UUCGGUAUGUGCAUUGUUCACCACAUCAUUGGGCCAUAUCAGCUUUCGCCCCCACCAUUGCAUGCUCCAUAUACCCACGCUGGUUUGUAGGAACACAAGACAAUUAUACAGAUAUUCGACGGUAUCAGGUCUGAGCAUCAGGGAGAGAAUUGAGAUCAAGAGAAUGUCGUUUUCGUUGCCUUUCAAGUAUAUCAACGCCGAGGAGCUGGCAGAGUUGAUCAAAGCCAAACCUGCCUCGGAGGUGAAGGAUUGGGCUGUUGUCGACGUCAGAGACAGUGAUUUCGCUGGAGGAAACAUUGUGACUGCCCUCAACUAUCCGAGCGAUACCUUCCACGCCAAGGUUGACGAGUUGGCAGAGAAGCUGGAAACAGUGCCCAAGGUUGUGUUCCACUGUGCUCUAUCACAAGCCAGAGGCCCAAAGGCUGCUAGGAUCUACGCCGAGACCAGAGCACACCACUACCCAAACCCCUCAACACCUCAAGAGAUCUAUGUCCUCCGCGAUGGCUUCUCUGGGUUCCAAUCCCGGUAUCGCCAUGAUCCGGAAUUGAUUGAAAAGUUCAACAAGUACUACCAUGAUUGAGAAGAUCUUUGACAGGUUCCCGAGGUCCACAACCUGGUUAUAGUACUGUACGUAGGUACAGCAGACCGCCAGCUUCGGAUCGUCCUUCAACGCCUCGUGUUUCUGAGGCGCAUGUAUACAUGAUGGAAUGCGCUGCCGCCAUUUGUCCGCCACAAGUCCGAUACUCCAGGCUCGAUGGCAAGAACACUAGCCUCGACCUUCGUCUCUGCUGCCCUCGCUUGUGAGAUGACUCCAAUGCAUGAAACUAUUUCGGAAUGCGUGACGGGUGCCAACGUGGGGUGCGGGCCAAUCGGCAAAACGGAGGAUGUGCGGACCCAUGACGGGAGAAGGUGGAGGUGGAGGUCCGUCGAUGGCGCAAGUCAUGCGUGAGAUGGGAAGACUGUCGGGCCAGC